UCCAUAUAUAUUGAGCAAGAUAUCAACACGGCUAGCCAUCGGUUGUCACUGAGCAGAUGAAACACCCCGUUUCUUGCAUGAAUAUUGAACUAAUUCCUGUGAAAUUCUCUGUUUGCAAACAGGGCUUGUUAUUUUCAUGGCCAAGGAACAAGAUCAGCUCAUCAAGAGAGUUGAGCUGAAGGUGAGUGUCAACUGCUGCGACGGAUGCCGGAGCAAGGUGCUCAAAGCCCUCAACCUUAAAGGCGUGCUGAGGACGGAGGUCCACCCGACGGCCGGCAGGGUGGCGGUCGUCGGCGACGUGGACGCCGGUCGCCUCGUCAAGAGGCUCGCCAAGGUCGGCAAGAUCGCCGAGGUGAUCGUCGUCGCGCAGCCGUCGCCGGAGGUGGAGAGGAGGAGGCGCGACGUCGGCGGCAGCAAGAAGGAGGCGUCGCCGGACAACGGGAAGAUGGGCGGCGGCACGGCGCCGAAACACGGCGGCGCCGACGACGACAAGCGCGGCGAGACGAAUGGCGGCGCAGGGAGCGGGGCUAGCUCAGCUCGAAUCCAUGGCGGUGGCGACGACGACGUGAAGGCGGCCAUGUGCUGCUACCACCGGGCGGAGCCGCCGGCCAUGGCCGUGCCCGUGCUGCAGCCACCGUACUAUGCGGCGAACUUCACAAUGCCGCCGCCGCAGCCGCCGGCGGCGGCGUACGGUUUUGGUGGCUGCUACCACGGGACUCCUUCGCCGGCGAUGGCGCUGUGCCGCCGCGGCCGUAUUCCGGUGGUCCGGCCGCAGCCGACCCGGUUCGCCGACGAGUGCUGCAUGUACGGCGACGACGACAUCGCCGGCUGCCACGUCAUGUGAAGAUCACCAGUGUGCAUCGAAUUUUUUUUUUCUUUAAUCUUCUUUCUGGUUCUACUAAUGGAGAACACUAGCCUAAUUUUAUUUAUUUAAUUGUUUUUUUUAUGAAUUUUCAGCAAAAACUAAAAGUCUUAAUGUAUACCAUCGAAAAAAGUAAUUAGUGUUACAGAUCCAGCUCUUAGUCUCUCAAAUACUAAUGUCCAGUUUUGGUCUGGACGAGGAGCUAGUGCAUCGAAACUUUUUCUUUAAUUCUUUGUCGUUCUUCUACUAAUGGAGAACACUAGCCUAAUUUAAUUAAUUUAUUUUUUUUAUGUAUUUUCUGCCCAAAAUAAAGUAUUUCUGUAUACCAUCGGAAAAGUAAUUAGUUACAAUACAGAUCCAGCUCUAAAUCUCUCAAAUACUAUGAACUUAAUCAUAAUUGUUAGACUUGUUUUACAAUAUAUCUUACCAUCUUAAUAACCUACAGUGAUCAAAAAACCCUUUCAGAAGGUACUGAAACUACAAAGCAAAGAAAGGUGCAACAGCUCAAUAACCAAAUCACUUUCGAUAGAGGCAUCAGUUUUCAUUUGGUGAUAAUACAGUAACUU